CUGCCACGCUCGCUUCUGCCCAGCAGCCCGGCUCCUGCCCUCACCUGCUCUGUCUGGGGCAGCUGCCUCUUGCACGUCUGGCCAUGUGGCGCCUGUGGCCCCUGGCUGUCUCUCUUGCUGUGGUAUUGAGUGUGGGGAUAGGCAGUCACCAUGCAACGGCCUUGGAGCAGCAGAGCCGACCCAAGAGGGGCACCGAAGAUGAGGAGGCCAAGGGGGUGCAGCAGUAUGUGCCCCAGGAGUGGGCUGAGUACCCUCGGCCCAUCCAUCCUGCUGGCCUGCAGCCCACCAAGCUCUUGGUGGCCACCAGCCCCAACCCAGACAAAGAUGGGGGCACUGCAGGCAAUGAGCAGGAGCUUCGGGGCAAUCUGACAGGGAUGCCAGGGCGGAGGCUGCAGAUCCGGAACCCCCUGUACCCGGUGACCGAGAGCUCCUACAGUGCCUACGCCAUCAUGCUCCUGGCCCUGGUGGUGUUCGCCGUGGGCAUCGUGGGCAACCUGUCUGUCAUGUGCAUAGUGUGGCACAGCUACUACCUGAAGAGCGCGUGGAAUUCCAUCCUGGCCAGCCUGGCACUCUGGGAUUUCCUGGUCCUCUUCUUCUGCCUCCCGGUUGUCAUCUUCAAUGAGAUCACGAAGCAGAGGCUGCUGGGUGACGUUUCCUGCCGCGCCGUGCCCUUCAUGGAGGUCUCCUCUCUGGGCGUCACCACCUUCAGCCUCUGUGCCCUGGGCAUUGACCGCUUCCACGUGGCCACCAGCACCCUGCCCAAGGUGAGGCCCAUCGAGCGGUGCCAAUCCAUCCUGGCCAAGCUGGCUGUCAUCUGGGUGGGCUCCAUGACGCUGGCCGUGCCCGAGCUCCUGUUAUGGCAGCUGGCACAGGAGCCUGCCCCCGUCUCGGGCACCGUGGACUCCUGCAUCAUGAAGCCUUUGGCCAGCCUGCCUGAGUCCCUCUACUCACUGGUGAUGACCUAUCAGAACGCCCGCAUGUGGUGGUAUUUUGGCUGCUACUUCUGCCUGCCCAUCCUCUUCACGGUCACCUGCCAGCUGGUGACGUGGCGGGUGCGGGGCCCUCCGGGGAGGAAGCCGGAGUGCCGGGCGAGCCAGCACGGGCAGUGUGAGAGCCAGCUCAACAGCACGGUGGUGGGCCUGACGGUGCUGUACGCCUUCUGCACCCUCCCGGAGAACGUCUGCAACCUCGUGGUGGCUUACCUCUCCACCGAGCUCACCCGUCAGACCCUGGACCUCCUGGGCCUCAUCAACCAGUUCUCCACCUUCUUCAAGGGCGCCAUCACGCCGGUCCUCCUCCUGUGCAUCUGCAGGCCGCUGGGCCAGGCCUUCCUGGAUUGCUGCUGUUGCUGCUGCUGCGAGGAGUGUGGGGUCUCGGAGGCCACAGCCGCCAACGGCUCGGACAACAAGCUCAAGACGGAGAUGUCUUCCUCCAUCUACUUCCACAAGCCCAGGGAGUCUCCCCCGCUCCUGCCCCUGGGCACACCGUGCUGAGGCCAGGCCGGGGCUGGGAGGCACAGAGCAGGGCCAGAGGGAGCGAGGAGAGGCACCACCUCCAGCCUGGGCCUGCUAGGUCCUGCUUUGCUGCACCCGUCUUGCUGACUGGAAAGGAACUGGAUUUCCCUUGUUGAGCUUUGG